UCGAGACAUUUGAGCCCAUCGAAGUAUACGUCCUAUUAAUUUGAAUAUUCUUAAGUUGAAAAGUUGUCGAGUACUUGAUUUUACGAACAUUAUUAUACUGUAUUUAUAUGCAUAGCUAUGUAUUAUGUGGUCGUACCAGAAAUUUAGAAAGUAUCUAUGAAAAUAUAAUAUUUUACAAAAUACCAUCUAAUGAAAGUAUUCAAGAAAAAAUCAAACCAUUUCUUAUUAGUUCUGCACAAGCGUGAAUUAAAUAUUAUACAUAUGCGGUUAAGGUAGUAUUAAAAUAAAUUUCCCUUAGCAAUAUCGAUAUAUGUGGUGUAUCAAUGUUAGAAGGGAAUUCUGAAACUGAAGAAAUCUCUGGAAACACAAAAUCUUUUAUUGAAAGUAUUGAAAACGAGGUACAGUGAAAACUUUUUACAACAAAAAACUCUAUAUAACGCAAACAUUACAUAAUAAUGGUUGGUUUGCUUUAUAACACAUUAGCCAAUUCAUUUUCUAUAACGUUAUAGUCACUCUCAAUAAUGAAACAAUAUUUUAUGUUUCGUAAUACAAUUUACGUGUUAUCGUAUUGUAAAUUAUAAAAGUAAUCGACAAAAUGCCAAAAUUUCCAAGAACGAUUACAUUCUCUCAUUAUCUACUUUUAAUAUCGUAAUAAUAUCAUUAUUAUUGGUAUUAAAUAUAUUCAUUUUAUUAUUGAUGUAAAGUAAGUCUAACAUUAAACGCAUGAUCACAGUAGUGCGCUUACAUUCAUUAUGGCUAGUAAAAGAAAAACACUGUGUGUUAAUCAAAAAGUCGCUUUAAUACGUGCAAUUGAAAAAGGUGAAAAAAAAAGUGAUGUCGGGAAACGUUUUGGAUUUAGUCCAUCUACUAUUGCUACUAUCUGGAAAAAUAAGGUUAAAAUAUUGCAGGCUGAAACAGAAAGAAGUUCUUGUAAAAGAAUAAGAAAACCAAAAUUUGAAGACUUGGAUAAGGCUAUGGUGACGUGGUUCCAUAAACAAUGUAGUAAUAAUGUACCUAUAUCUGGGCCUGUUUUGAAAACUAAAGCUGAACAUUUUGCUCAACAAUUUGGUAUUAUAGAUUUCAAGGCCUCGGAAGGAUGGCUAGGAAAAUUUAAACAACGUCACAAUAUUACCUAUGGGAAAAUAAGUAGACAAGCAUUAAAUGUUGACUUGAAUGUUACUAACAGCUGGCUAAUUAAUGUAUGGCCAAAAUUGAAUGAACAGUACACUCCGGAUGAUAUUUUUAAUGCUGGCGAGACAGGUAUUUUUUACAGAUUGACCCCAGAUAAAGCAUUAAAAUUCAAAGGGGAAAAAUGCAUGGGAGGUAAACUUUCUAAAGAACGUAUCACUGUGUUUGUAGCAGCUAAUAUGAGUGGCACUGAAAAAAGAAAGAUUAUGGUAAUAGGAAAAUCAAAAAACCCCCGAUGUUUUAAAAAUAUUAAACGGUUGCCAGUCACUUAUAAAGCAAAUAAUUUAGCAUGGAUGACAUCAAUACUUUUUGAAGAAGAAAUAAGAAAAUGGGAUGCAGAAUUAAAGGGGCGAAAAAUUUUGUUAAUUGUUGAUAAUUGUCCUGCUCAUCCCAAUCUAUCUAAUCUUAAUAACAUAGAAAUGACAUUUUUUCCAUCUAACACACGUAGUAUCAUGCAACCAAUGAACUUAAAUGUUAUGAAAAGUUUGAAAGGCCACUAUAAAAAGAAAAUAUUGAUGGAAAUUAUCGAAUCUGAUGGCAAUACCUCUAUCAAUAUGCUUGAUGCAGUGAACUUCUUAAGUAAAGCCUGGGAAGAGGUAACAGCAGAAACUAUACGGCAUUCUUUUCGUCAUGCUGGACUUCGAAGUAAUUUGGCCAAUGCUGAAGGAGAAAUUGAACAAUUUGAGAAAGAAGAUGAUAUAUCUCUGAGUGAGUGGAUUAUUCAGUCCAAUACUCUGCAUACUUUUACUCCUGAGGAUCUACAAAACUAUGUAGAAAUAGACGAGAACCUGGUUACAACUAUAUUGUUAACUGAUGAAGGAAUCCUAAAUGCAGUAACAAAAAGCGAGGAGGAACAAAAGGAAGAUGAAGAGGAAGAACAACUUGAUAAAGUCACAAUACCAAGUAUUCAACAAGCACUUGAUGCGGCUAAAUUAUUAGAAAAAUACUUAUUGUUUCAUGAAGAUGAUCCAAAGUUAUCCCAAAACAUGGCACAAAUUCAUAGAAAAAUACAAAAAAAAUAUUGGCAAAAUAAACAAGUCCAAACAAAAAAGACAAACUUUUUUAAAUAAAACUUGUGUAUAAAGAUGGCAAGAACUUAUAGAUCCAUAUGUUAUUCAAGAAAAAGCUGUUAGAAAAUUAGUUUUUGAAUAAUGGUCAAGGGUACAAUAGUUUUUUACAAAUCAGUUCAAAUCAUACUAGAAAGCUAUAAUUAGGUGGUACAUAUUUUAUAUGAUAAGCAUUCAAUAGGAAUAUGAUGAAAAACCACUUUGAAAAAGAUAAAUAAAUAAGUUGUAAUUAAGAUUUAUACCUAUUUCUGAAAAGAGUUUUAAAUAAUUUAUAAAAUUUCAUGAUGAGUUUUAUGUUAAAUUCAGAAGAACUGAACUAUUGGAAAAGCAUAACUAAUUUUGUUUGGCCUCUGGAUAACAAAUUUGAACCUGAUAUGUUUGAUUUAUGAACUAAUCAAGAAAUACUACUGAAGGCUUGAUGUAUAUUUAUUAUCUGAUCUAGAAUUUGAUGGGGAUAUAAGCUGUUUUGUCACUGAUUUUUGUUAUUUACGUAUAAUUAGUUAACAAAUCAUAUUGAUUAUGGUUUUAAUGAUACUGUGAUGAAAACUCUUCUACCUAAAAUUGCAUUUACUGCAUGGUACUGAUAUUUAUAUUUAAGAUAUUUUCUUUGUAUCUGAUAAAAAUAUUAUUAAUGUAUAAUAUGGCUUGCCGGUAUUGUAAUGAAUGUUGCCAGUCCAGCAUUUUUAAGUUACACACAACUGUUCAUAGUUGGACAAAUUAAAUUUAAAUGGAAUAAAGUUUGUACUUUUGAUAAAAUAUAUCUAAUCUAAUAUUAUUGAAACAAAAUUAUCGUUAAAUAUUUUUUAGGUUUCACAAUUACUUGAAACCUAGGUUAAUUCUUCAUAUUAUACUAUUUAUACCUAAAAGAUUGAAAUUGUAUGUAAAAUUCUAACAUAUCCUGCUAUAGGGUAAAAAUGUUGCUACAAAUAAAAUUUAAAUAUGCUGAAUCUUAGAUAUAUAUCUAAUUAAAAUGCGUGUAUCUAUAUCUGUUAUAUUAUUUAUAUUAAAA